CCGGUUGACACACGGAAACAAACAUUCCGGAGCACGAAACUGAAAGAAGUGGGUUUGUUGGUUUGCUGCAGUUUAACUGAGAGGUUCGUCCCUGUCUCCUAUGGAGUCUCUCAACACGUUUGAAUCUGAGAUGGAGGCUGAUGGACAGGGGAACUACUCUCUGUUUCCUGCUCUGGACAGCAUUGCAAGUCUUUCUGGGACAACAGAGACACUGGAGAGCGAACCACCCAGUGAAAUUGCAGAGAAGCCAAACCUCACAUGGCUCGAUGCUGCACAGAUUGUCUUGGAGGAAGCGGGACGUCCCAUGCACAUAAAGGAGAUUAAACAGAGAAUCAUUGACAGGGGACUUGUUCAAUCCAAUGCAAAAUCAAGCCUGGAGGCUGUCAUGUACCGUGAGACACAAAAAGGCAGCAGGAGAUUCAAGAGGAUUGAGAACAGAAACGGAGUCUUUGCACUGCUGACUGAUGAGGAGCGUCAGCAGGCCCUGCAGGCCUUCACCGCCCAGUCUUUUCUCAGCUCUCCGCAGCAGAAUGCUAUGAGUUCUGGCUCAGGUGCCUCGGUACCUGCCUUCCCAUCCCCCACCAGUUCUUCUGAGCAUAAGGCCAAGAUGAGGAGAGGUUCACGGAAAAGCCAGAACGAAAAGUACCGGCUCAAGUACCUCAGGCUGCGCAAAGCAGCUCGUGCCAUGAUAUUUGAGAACGCAGCCCUCUGCGAUGAAGUUGCCCACUUAGAAGAGAAGUUUCUGAGAGCAAAGGAAGAGCGAAGGUUUUUACUGAAGUCGUUGUUACAGUACCAGUCACUGUCAGAGGGGGAGAUACUACCUACACCCAGCUCAAGCUCUCAUCCACCUGUGCCACCUGUGGCAUUAACCUCAGGUCCUGCGGGGCCUUCAGGCCUUUCUGGGGGGCACAACCUGGCGCCAGUGGUGUCGACGGGGGAAGAGGGACAUCUUAAAAAACCUAAGAAGGAAAGGAAGGAACGAGGAAGGGAGAAUGGAAAGGAAGAAUUACCAAAGAAGAUGUCAAAGAAGAGAAAGCUAGCAGACGGGUCCCGGAAGCUGGUGCAGCCCAUCCCUCUGGACUCAUCUGGCCGCCCCGUGUUUCCCAUCGUACUGGGAGGGUUAACGGUGUACAGUCUCGGAGAGAUCAUCACAGACAGAAUGCUGUUCCAUGACGAGUGUGCCAUCUACCCAGUGGGCUUCUGCAGCACACGAGUCUUUGCCAGCAUGAAGAACCCAGACCAGCAGUGCCUCUACACCUGCCAAAUCAAGGACGGGGGAACAGGCCCGCAGUUUGAGAUUGUGCCUGAAGAAGAUCCUCAGAAUGCCAUUGUGGCCUCCUCUGCCCUGAUGUGCCACGCCAACCUACUGAAGGCCAUCGCAUCUGUCAGUUCCAAGUCUGUGGCGCCUAUUGUGCCAUCAGGAGCUGACUUCUUUGGCUUCUCUCACCCAACCAUCCAGAACCUCAUCCAGAGCUGUCCUGGAGCUCGAAAAUGUACCAACUACAGGUGGAUUCGUUUUGAGGUGUGUCGUCCAGGUGAUGGCCAGAUUCCUCAAAGCCUAUCAGAGGACGAUGCCUCUGUCAACUUCGAGGCCUUCCAGAGACACCAGGGCUUUGAUGAAAACAUCAAGACGGAGCACAUCACAGGACAGACACCGCAGUCUCCUAGCUCCUCUCAUCAGCAUCACCUGACCUCCCCCACCAUGAAGCCCUCUACCUCAUAUUUCAGCUCCUGAUCCUGACAGCAAAGUCUUAAUCCUUGUGGACUUUCUUUCUCAUUUACAAGGCUUAUGUUUUUUGGUUUUGUUUUUCCAAGAAUACCUUCUUGGUUAAAUGAUUCUUGAAAUGGUGGCAUAACAACUCAAAUGUAUGCUAUUUUUCAUAUGUCAUCUUCGAGCUAGCCCCAGGCAGCAUCACUGGGGAUGUGUGCUAGCACGGUUGACAAUAAUAUACUGGAUGUGGCUAGUGAGUUAGCUUUGUGCUUAACGUUGCCAAUAGCAACAUAAACCCAAUGUCUCUGUAGUGGAAAUAACAUUCUUUGCUCUGUGUAUACAAACAUAUGUGCUGGGUUUUAGAAAUUGAGUCGAUUUACCUGUUGGCGAUCACACAGGAAAACCUGAAAAAGGGGUUCUUUUUGGUUUGGAUUAAUCAGUAAUUUUACUGCUUUUCGUUUCGUUUUUCUGUUUUACCAAUGCAGAAGCUUUGGCUUUGAAUGUAACAAAUCCAUAACUUAGUUGUUUAUUUGUGAUUUAUUUGUGCAAAUUAUGCAAAUCAAGAUGAUUUAUCUGAAUCAGAGUUUUGUUAAAAUAAAAACACACUUGUCAUGCUUUUCUA